CGGGAAACAGAUGCCACCUUAUCCACCGAUGAAACGUCGGCUAAAUAAGACACGUGUUGAGUUCAAAGAGAGACACGCAAACAUAUCCAGUAGCGUCACAACGGUUCUUGCAGCAGCGUAUUACCAGAAAGGAAAGAAAGACGAUAUUUUUUUUAUAAAGAUAAGAAUCAAGUCAGAUUUUGUUUGUGCGGACUGUGUGUUUGAAAGAGAGACGAAGACGAAGAUGGCGAACACUGACGAACUCGUGUCUAUUGAGCUUCCAGCUCCUGCUUCAUGGAAGAAACUGUUUUAUCCAAAAAGAGCAGGUGCACCGAGGAAGACGGAGAUUGUGUUCAUGGCUCCCACUGGGGAAGAGAUCAGCUCGCGCAAACAGCUGGAGCAGUACCUCAAGGCUCAUCCUGGGAAUCCUCCCAUCUCUGAGUUUGAGUGGACAACUGGGGAAACCCCGAGGCGAUCCUCAAGGAUCAGCCAAAAGGUGAAGGCGACAACGCCCACUCCUGACAAAGAACCCCUCUUGAAGAAGAGACGAUCUUCUCUCACAAAGAAGGACAAUCGAGAGGCUGUUGCUAAGGAGAACGCCGAGGCUGACAAGGACGGGAAAACGGGGAACGCGGAGGCUGCUGUGAAGGAGAAGGUGGAAGGAAAGACGGGGAAUGCGGAGGCUGCUGUGAAGGAGAAGGUGGAAGGAAAGACGGGAAACGCACAGGCUGCUGUGAAGGAGAAGGUGGAAGGAAAGACGGGGAACGCGGAGGCUGCUGUGAAGGAGAAGGAGGAGGGUGAGAAGGACGGAGUGAAAGAAUCUGGUGAGGCUGCUGUUAAGGAGAACAAAGAGGGUGAAAAAGCUGAGGCUGAGAAGGAUGGUCAAGCGGAAGUUGCUGAGGCUGAAAAGGAGAACAAGGAGGGUGAAAAAGCUGAGGCUGAAAACAAAGAGGGAGCAGUUGUGACGGACAACAAAGAGCCCAUGGAAGUGGAGAAGAAGUCUGAUGCUGAAAACAAAGAGGGAGCAGUUGUGACGGACAACAAAGAGCCCAUGGAAGUGGAGAAGAAGUCUGAUGGUGAAAACAAGGAGGGAGAAGUUGUGACGGACAACAAAGAGCCCAUGGACGUGGAUACCUCUGAGGUGGAAAAGAAUUCUGAGAGUGGCGAGAAAGCUGAAGAGCCUCCUAAAGUUGUUGGAGACCUCAAGGACACUGAGAUGAAAGAGCCACUGGAAGUUGUUGCUGAGGGUGAUGGAGAGAAGAAGCCCGCUGAGGAAGUGACCGAGAACAAGGGCAGCGAGGUUACAGAAGCUAAUGGAGAGAAGAAGCCCGCAGAGGAAGUGACCGAGAACAAGGGCAGCGAGGUUACAGAAGCUGAUGGAGAACAGAAUGUGACUUCUGGUGAGCCUAACCUUGGCGCAGAUGCUAAUAAGGGGAAUGAAACUCAAGAAGCUGAUGUGAAGAAGGCAGAAGCUGGAGGCGAGGAGAAAGGUAACGACAUGAAGGGAGAAGACACAAACAGAGGCGUGGAGGCGAAUCAAGUCCAGCAGCAGCAGGGCGCUGCAGCGUCCGUGAGCUGUUAAAACCAGCAGCCAACAGUUAAAAACCUGUCGUUCUGUGAAGAGUUUGUUGUCUGAUUGCAGGUGUAGCAUUAACAUUGUGAGUGCUUGUUGUAUGUGUUGGUAGAACUAAUGUGCCUAUGUAGUUCUUCAGUAGACUCUUUUGUUUUUUUAUCAUUACUCAUUAGACUCUUUUGUACUCUUUGUACUUUUGUUGUAUUAUUAUUAAUACAUUAGAGGCAUUUUUCUGUUUCGUUUCUCAUACUUUGAUUAUUUGAUAGAUGCAUGAAAGGCGCUGCCAAGUAAAAAAGGAGAGUAGGAUAUAAGUAAAAAAGGAAAGUAGGGUAAAGAUUACAGAGCAAUAUUAAAGAGGUAACAACAAAAACGAGAUCAUAAGUUACAAAAUAGCAGCUCUUAUGGAGCGUAUGAUAUCGGUGAGGGAGACGACGCCUUUAAGCAAACCCUGUUGGUCCACAACCCACACUCUGUGCACUCCUCUGGUCACUACUUUCUCUAUAGCUUCCUCCAUCGUUGCAUCCACAGUGCAACUCACCGUCUCUUUCCCUUUCCCCGAAGCUUUCUCAGUGAACUCUAGAGCCGAGAGUGGCAGCCAAGUCUGUAACUCCGGCAAACGACACCCUUUUAGAUCCGUUGCAGAAAACGUACCUAUCACUUUCCUAUGCCUCCCCUGAAAUUUCAAAACACACGAAAUGAAGCACACGUUCUAAACAAUCAAAGCAUAUAUCUUACCUUGAAAGAUACAUUAAUAAGCUGUAGAUGAUCCUCUUCCGCUACAUCAGGGGCGUGAACGAUGGGGACGGCGUUGAGAAGAGCAGCCUUCAUAGAGUUAAUAGCAUUGGAAACGGUCGUACUCUCGGUGAUUGCGUAAACGGAAUCGUUAACAGCUCGGAGAGUGGAGACAGAGCUUGAGAGAACAGCCUUGAGGUCAUCAAAGUGAUGGUCUCUGAGGAACCGCAAGAGAUCCAUCUGAGUAAGCAUCCUGUAAGCAGAGGCCGAUUCCACCAACUCAACUCCUGAAAUGGUGUUGUUGCUCUCUAUGCUGCUCUCUAGUGGCACUAAUGCUCGAUGGAUCCCUUUGCUAAACACUUCCAUACACUCUACCAAGCUAGUAUUAGGAUUCAGUGUCCAGAGACUGAGUCCUUCGAGGCAAUGACCGAUGAUGGAAGAUACCUGAGAAGACAUCUUGCGGUCCAAAUCUGAGGGAUCCGAGAGAUUUUCUCCGCCGGCGAUGUGAGCAAGUAUGUCGAGCAUCGUGAGAAUUCCGAUGUAGUGUUUGCGUACGGCUCCAGUUUGUUUAUCAGACUCCAUGAUCAUGGAACCGCCGGCGCCGAUCCAGUGUCCCGGUGGUGCAGCAACUGGGAGGGCGGAGAUGGAGUUAGCCACCAAUGUGUUCAUUGCGUGGGAGAGCGUUGCCGUGUAAGGAACCUCCACUAGCCGUUUGUUUCUGGCCGUUAGAUCUUUGGCCGUGACAUUGAUCAGGCGGCUGUGAGCUUCUUUGCUCUUCUCUUGUUGCAUAGUGACUAGUGUUUGAAAAGUCUAUGAAAGUGGCACAAACG